UAAUGCUUGCGGUUCCAUGAUGUCACGCGACGUCAUUUGGAAUGCUCUAUAAGGCCUGGUUCAUACCAAACCUCGCUUUCUACUAAUCUGACUGUAACGAUGAACACUCUCUUUGGUACACUUUCUCGUACAGCUGCUCUUCGUCGUGCCCCGCUCGCCCUUCGCCGUUCAUCACAGUUUCAAACCUCUUUCCAAUUCACUGCUCGUCCUGCAGCCGUAAACCUUGCACAAGUCCACGCGCGCUUCGCAGCAAGCUCUGUCGCAGGCAGACCAGGAAGCCAGACUAUCGAGCACGCCAAGCAGAAUGUGAAAGAGGAAGUCGGGAACUCGAUGACAGACUGGGCCCGCUCCAUCGCUGGUGGCGUGUUCACAGUAGAUAGCGUCAAACCAUCAAAAGACUCUUUCUUCGGUAUCACCACCGCAGUCGCCCACUCUGUCCCAACCCCCUAUCUCGUCAUGGGCCUUACUGGUGGCAUCCCAUACAUCGCCUCAUCUGCCACUACCGUAUAUCUUGCGCACCAAGCAGGUCUCGCCACAAUGGGUGUUCUCACAAAUAUGGACCCUGGCGUUGCCCUUAACAUCUUAGACCAAGCCCUCAACUUCCAAGUCCACUAUGGCGCUGUCCUUCUGUCCUUCCUUGGUGCAAUACACUGGGGUAUGGAAUUUAGUGGUCUGGGCGGCUAUAAAGGCUACCCUCGUCUGUUCCUCGGCAUCUCUCCUGCGGUAUUGGCCUGGUCCACUAUUACUCUCCAACCUACCUUCGCCCUCCUCUGGCAGUGGCUUGGAUUCACCGCAUUGUGGUAUGCCGAUAAUAAAGUCACAGCUGCCGGUUGGACACCAAAAUGGUAUUCCCAAUACCGCUUCUACCUUUCUAUCCUCGUUGGCACGUGCAUCAUCGGCUCCCUUGCAGGAAUAUCCUAUUAUGGUCCUGUAGCCGGACACGGUCUUGUCUCCCACGACCUGAACAUGAUUCGCGCUGAGCGCAAACUUAUCGAGCCUGAGCGUGCGGGCCACGUCGGUGGGGACAUCGAAGCUAUUUCGGGUGACGAAUCGGGCGACACAUAUGUUGUCAUCCGCCGGAAGAACAAGAACGGAAAUGCCGACAAUGGAGCUAACGAAGAGGCGCACGCUUAACAGUGAGGGAGGACUUACCGAAAAGUGAUGCCACAGAGCUGGACGUUUGGGAAAUAAUCAUUACCAUCGCUUGUACUUGUCAGCUGUAUAUCUGUACGUGUAUCAUACCUCUCGUUGUACUAUCACUUCAAGACCUUCUAUAUUUGAUCGGGAUGGACG